UUCUAAGGUGCUCGCCAUAUGCGUAGCGCCCAGUCAGUAGCUGUUGACGCGUUUGGCUAAUAAUAAUAACAAAUAUGACGCCAGUGCGAGUCAGUUGACUGGAGAAUAAAUAAAAGAGAACAAAAAGCUGCUAAAAGUUAUAAAAGAGCAGAUAAAACAACAGGCAAAUAAUGCCCGAGGCUCGUUUCACGGCCAGUCGCAGCAAACAUCUGAAUAAAAAGUGAAGUCCAUUAAAAUGAAAGAAAAUAUCUGAGAAAAACUCAAGACACAAAGUGCACUCGGAAAAGAAAGGAAAAUAUAAGAGUAAACGGAGAACUCAACAUUCGCUCGUGAAUCGCAAUUUAAUUACGCGCAACAAAACAAAACUAAGAACCCAAAGUCCCUGAUAAGAUAAGACCGCGCAGAACUGAGCAGCCAGCCAAAGGCGUUGCAAGUGCCGCUGCAGCAACUGGAGGCGCCCCAAACAACAAACAGGCAAACAGACAAAUCGCGAGACGGAAGUCAGCGCAUUAGGCAUCAGCUGUCAGCCGUGGGACGUGAGCGCAUUGCAAUCAAAAUCAACGCCAGUUAUUGGCCGUGCCCAUGUCGAUGCUGAUAGUGCGCCUUGAUGGGCAAGUGUGUCUCCCGGCAGAGCUCUCAAGCACAUCAUCAAUCUGUGCUGACAAUCGCCCUGUCCCAGCAAGAUUUGGCCCAGGCCCACAAAAUAUGGCAACAGUUGACAGCGAGUAAUGAAUAUAUAGCCACAACAGAAUCAGAAGCAGCAGCAGCAGCACCAGCAGCAGCCCCAACAGAUGAGCCGCCAUUUUAUUACCAUGUGGUGAGCCGCAGCCAGCGGGAGCUGAAGCUGGCGGAGGCUGGGCAGGAGGAGGAGCAGCUUUCAUUGAAGACAACUGCUGUGCUGCACAUUGAGUCUGUCUACAGCCAUUUGGAUGCCCAGGCGGAAUCGGAUGCGAAUGGCAAUGUUAUUGGCGGCGCGCUGACAGGCAACGCAUAUGCCACUUGCCAGGAAUUUUUACUGCAGGAACUGGUCCAGACACUCGACGAGUAUCAAGCGAAUGCCACAACCCCGUGGCCGCCAGAUAACAGUCGAAGGCCAGCAGCCUGCCAGCUGCCUGCCAGCGAUAUCGAGAACGAGCUACACUUUCAUGAGCUACAUAAGGGCCAAGCGGAGAGCAAGAAGCAUGGCAGCAAGGCUGGCCGACGCCAGCAGGAGCUGGGCGAACAGCAGCAGCUGCCACACACCAAAGGCACCGCCAUGUCCUUUGGCUUUCGCAAGAAGCUCAAUGGUACGCCCAAAAAGUUCAAGAAACUGCUCGAGGGCAGCAGCAGCGGCGGCGAAACGCCACAGACAGACACAAAGGACGACAAUGGCAAUGCAGCUCCUGUUCAGUUCGAGAAAGUGGGCGUUGCGGCCCAAAAGACAAAUGCGUCCAAUCGCACAGGUGCGGCUGGCAAGCGUUUUGGCUAUCGCGGCGCCGUGCCACGCCCCGCCUCCGCAAGCCUCACAACGGCCACAAACACGACCAGCGGCAGCGAGGAUGCCGACGAGGCAACGGCCAACGCUCAGAACAACAACUGCAACAGCAACAGCAACAGCAACAGCAACAGCAACAACAACAGCAACAGCAACAGCAACAACAACAACACCAGCAACGUGCUGGUGAGCAAUCUGAAACGUCGCUCCAAGAGCGCACACGCGGGCCGCAGCAUUGAUGGCGAGCCAAAAAUAGCCCAGCCCAAGACGCUGACGUUCAAUCUGAACCAGAACACAACCAUCGAGUAUCAGCGCCGUCAGUUCUUUGGCGAGAUUCCGGAUGAGGCAAACGGCGCAGCCAACGCACGGCCGCGCUACAACUACAAUAAUCUGGCCAAUAUGCAUGCCAAUGUGAUCGUUCGACCCACGCCACGUGCUGCUCCGGCUAGCUUUGCCAAAUUCACCUUGCAAACUGUCAGCUUGCCACGGCCCGAGUAUCCGGUGGCCAUUAGUCUGACGGCAACCACGCCCACCACGCCCAGCAGCAGCGUGCAGAGCCCCGUGCCGGCGCACUCGACGGGCGCUCGAGCCAAGGACGUGGCCAGCAGCUCCGCCAGGCAGCAUCCGUUGACCUCGAUACACGCACAGCCCAGCAGCCGGCAGCUGGACCAGAAGAGCGUCAAGCAGCUGACCAACAAUUCGACCCGGCGCGGCUUCUCGGGCAGCCGCGAGAUCAGCGCCGAUUCGGGCAUUGCCAGCAUGGACAUGGCCGUUGACUCCGGCAGCAGCUCCGGCGGCAGUGCGUCCAGCUCGAAGCGCAGUCGCAGCCGGCCGCGCAAUCUGCAGAUGGUCAUGAGCGGCCGACACACAUUCGAGGUGCGCGACGUGGACGAUCCGCCCUCGAGUGAGUCCAACUCGUUUGUGGAGACCUUGGCGCUGCCCAAGCUGCCCACGGACAACAGCCAGACGACGCCGCUGCCGCUGCUCGGACUCGUACGCUCCAAUACAGUGCUCAGCCGCGAGAGCUACGAGCGCCGACAGGCGACUGCCGAGCAGGACGCCAAUGCCAGCCAAACGCCGGAGACACCGCCCAAGCCCAAGGCCAGUGGCUCCGAUGACAGCGAGAACGUGGACGAGGAGAAGCUCUACCUGGACUCGUCCACCUCCGAGAAGAGUGCCAAACAGCAGAGCCACAGCCACACGUCCUCCAUGUCCUGGCGUUGCCAGGCGGGCGAGUCUCUGGCAGCCAAGGACUGCAGCAGCAUGAGCCUCACGAGCAGCGACACACAGGCGCCCACCAAGGCGGAGGACAUGUCCCUGGGCCUAGACGACAUCAGUCUCAUCAAUACGGAGAUGCAAUUCAGCACGUUGUCUUCAAUGACGGAAGCGGCUGGCCAGGCCAACGGCAGCGGCGCAGCUGGACAGGAACACUUGCUCAACAUGCACAUUGUGGACAAUCGGGAGGCGAUCGUGGUGCGGCUGCCCAACGAGCGUCCGCGCUCCUUUAACAAUGCGCUCAAUGAAUCGAAGUUUGCGGAGCUGGCGCUGGCAAAUAGCAGCUGCUUGCUGCUGGAUGACGAGACGUCGCCCACGGACAGCCUGGUGAGCAGCACCGAGGAGUCGGAGGAGGCGGGCGGCAAGCUCAAGAAGCACAAGCUGAAUGCCGAGCUGCAGCAGCGCGUGAACGAUGUGGACAUUGAUGAUAUUUCGCCGGUGCUGGAGCUGGAACUGGAUCCAGCUAGUCACAGUCCCGUCUCACCGGGCACGCCCACGCACGCCUCCCACUCGCUGUCGCUGGGCUCGGACUGCGGCAAUCUGAUCGAUGACGAGAUUGCCGAUCAGCCGGCGCUGCUGUGCAACAGCGAGGCACCGGAGCAUGCCACCGACACUCCCACACUGAUGGAGACCCACACAACCGGAUCGAUGCGUUCGCUCAAAAGCCAGUCGAAGGCGCGCACAGCGCUGCAGCAGGCUAUUGAGCUGAGUCUACGAACUCCAGCAGCGGUGCGACGGGCGGUGCUCGAGAGCGCCGAGUCCCUGGACACGUUGUCGCCCUGCGAGUCCAUCUGCUCUGACGACUUGAUGAUGGACUUCGAUAUGAACAGCAGCGUGGACUCCAUCGAUCGACCCGUCUCGGUGCGCAGUCGCAGCGGCUCCGACUUGCACAAGCUCAGCGCAGAUCUCGAGGCCGACCAGGCCGAGACCGAGGCGGAACUGCUCGCCCAGCUGGACUGCAAGGGCAGCGAUGUCAUGAAGGAGCUGAACAGCCUGCUGCGCGCCCGCAUGCAGCGCACUGCACCCACUCCCAGGGAGCGCAUCAGCGCCAAGCUGCCUGCUCGCGCCACACGCCUGCUGAAUCGCUCCCGGCUGCAGGACCAGCAGCUAACUGGCAACGACUCGGACAACAGUUUGCGCUCCACGCACAGCGGCGCUUCCAGCCGCAAGCGCAGCACCGCUGCCUCGCGCGCCUCCACCGCCUCGUCGACGUCCAGCUUGCAGCGACGCCAGCAGCAGCAUCAGCAUCAGCUAGGUGCAACAUCUGCCUCCAGCUCGAGACGUGCAGCAGGUGGUCUGGCUGGCAACGCGGAGCUGCACAGCUCAUCGGACGAUCUGAUGUUGUAUGACAAGUCCUUCAGGAAUGCCAUGAUUCAGGAUGUGCUGCAGUUCAAGAAGCAGCUGCUGCGCCUACGUCGCAUCCUACAGGAGACGGAGACCCUAAAUCCCUUCGAGAAUGACAAUGUGCAGCUGUUCGCUGCCUGUGGACUGGAUAGCAAGCAGCUAAAUGACAUCGACCUGGCCAGCCUGACCUCGUCCACCACGGAGGAUCCACUGCAGGAGCUAUCGGAUCUACGUAGACAGGUGGUUUACCUUCAGGGUCAAGUGGACGAUCGUGAUCGCACCAUACGCCUGCAGCGCGAUCUCAUUGAGCAGCUGGAGGCGGAGAAGCGACAGGCCACAGAGGGGGACCAGGCCAACAAGGAACGCAUCAGCAUGGCCACCCAAACGGAGCGGACACGUCCACUUGCCAUUGGUGCGGAGGGUUUGUCCAGAAGUAAGCCUGAAUAUACGAGUUAUACCACGCACUUUCCGACGCUCCAUUUGCAUUGCAACGACUCCACGCUGGCAGCCACCACGAUAAUUCGUCACCAGCCACAGCCGCAGCAGCAGCCGCCCCAGCAGCAGCAGCAGACACAAUCAUGCAAUGGCCACAGCACCAAUCACAACAACAACAACAACAACAACAAUUGUCGCGCUCUUAGCCAAACGCGCCGUCACACGAUUAUUUCGACCACGUUGACCAACUACAAUCAGCAGCUGGCCGCCGCGGCCUAUCCACGUCGCGCCUCCAUCGGCUGGGAUGGAGCUGAGACAGUUGCGCCUGCAGUGGUCCAUAAGCCGGUGCGUAUAACGCUGAUUGGUGAGCCGUUGCCGCAACAAAAUGGCGGCUGCCACAAGGCAGCGACGCCGCCAUCACAACAAAAUGGCGUCAAGACGCACUACCUGAAUGGCUGCCAGAGCGGAGCGAACAGCGCGUUGCCGGGCGCCCACUAUCAGCCGUUGUACAACAGCAACAAGAUGACAAACCCAACCGUAACUAUAGUCUGAUUUAGAUACCCUACACUGCAAGCAGCCCCGGAAUACCAGAUACCCUAUAAAAAUACAGGACAAGAAAUGCGCACAAGUGUCAGCAGGCGCUUAGGCAAUAAGCUACAAACUCCAUCGUACAGGAGCAUAGAACAGUUUAAUAUAUGAUUAAAUAUACAUCAUAUACACACACACACACAU